GUUUUUUUUUUAAUCAGCCAGACCCUCAGGGCUGGGAAAGGCUGAUCUUCUCCGCCUUCACCUUUCGAGGCUCCCUACAUUUCGGUUUGGCUAAAAACAGUUGGUCACCAUGGCAACAAAAAUACUGCCAUUUUACCAAAAAAAACACAAACACUAUGGCUAUGACUACCGCAGCCUUGAUAGCCGGUCGCUUGUCAAGAAGUAUUCCAGCAAAAGCAGCUCCACCAAAAGGUCCAGCUCAGCGCUUGAAACUUCUUCAGCCACGUUUCACUCUGCCAAAUUCAGUCCUUGUGCCAAGAGGGUCUGUCAGAGUGUUGAAGAUGAAGCUCCUGAUUACACGAUGCCUCCAUUUAGGAGCAGUGAGGGCGAAGGGGAACAAGUCAAGCCUAAAGCAAGAACAUUUCUAUAUGGCACCAAACUAUGGGAGAUGGAAGCUGAGAUUUCUAGGCUCAGAAGGUCUUCCCGUGAGCAGAUGGACAUGCUGGCUCUCAAAAGGAUGGAAGAGGAAAGAACAGCUGUGCAGAGACAUGUCCGUGAGGAUUCCAUGUGCCGUGCUCCUGAAUUUCUUGUCCGGUUAAGGUCCCAUACAGUUUGGGAGAACUCCUUUGUAAAAUUAUUUUGCACUGUUCAAGGAUUUCCCAGCCCGUUAGUCAGAUGGUAUAAAGAUGAUGUCUACAUUGAUCAAACAAGUGAACCAGCCAAGUACAGGAUGGAUAGCUACUACGGAGUUCACUCUUUGGAGAUUAACAGAUGCAGCCCUAAUGACACUGCUCAAUACACUGCCUUGGCUUUUAACAUUCAUGGAGAGGCAACAAGCAAUGCUACUGUCAUUGUCAAACGAUUCCGAGGGGAUGAAGAACCUUACCACUCUGUCUUGCUCCCUCUGAGCUUACCCCUGUUGUCACCUCCUGUUUUCACACAUAUAGAUAUUCAAUAUAGUGAGAAAUUUGGCGUGAGUUUUGGCACUGAGGGAGAGACAUUGGUAUUGUCCUGCCGGAUGAUCCUUACACCAAAUCUCGGCCGUCUCCAGCCGGAAGCUGUGUGGUACAGAGAUGAUGUUGAGGUAAAGAAGUCCAAGUGGGCUGCAAUGUACUACAAUGACUGCACUGCUACCCUGACCCUACCUCACCUGAAUAAAGAUGAUGAAGGCCUGUAUACAUUACGCUUGAUAACAAGGGGUGGCAUUUCACAGCACAGCGCAUAUGUAUUUGUCAGAGAUGCAGACACUCCAGUUGUAGGAGCUCCAGGAGCCCCAAUGGAUGUCACAUUUUAUGAUGCUAACAAGGAUUAUGUCAUCCUCACCUGGAAACCUCCAAAUGUAACCAAAGAAAGUCCUGUGAUUGGAUAUUUUGUUGACCGGUGUGAAGCUGGAACUGACAAUUGGAUCCAGUGCAAUGAUGCCCCAAUUAAAAUUUGCAAAUAUCCUGUGACUGGCCUAUUUGAAGGACGUUCCUAUAUUUUCCAUGUGCGAGCGGUAAACAAGAGUGGUAUCAGCAGACCUUCCAGAGUCACAGAUGCAGUGACAGCCCUUGACCCUGCUGAUUUUGCUCGGCUGCAAUCUAUUUAUUUUGAUGAAAGCAGACAAAUCGUAAUAAGCCAAGAUGACUUGGAAGGGGAUGUAAAACCUCCAGGGAUACCCACAAAUGUCCAUGCAGCUGAGACCAGCAGAAAUUAUAUUGUACUCAGCUGGGACCCGCCUGAGCCACGUGGCAGAGAAUCACUGAAGUAUUACAUUGAAAAGACCAUGGCUGGCAGCACAUCUUGGCAAAGGGUCAACCAAGAGAUUGCAGCUAGAUCUCCGCGUUUUGCUAUAUUCGACUUGGCUGAAGGAAAAUCCUAUGAAUUCCGUGUUUUUGCUGUUAACAAGUUUGGUAUGAGCCAACCAUCUGCGCCCACCGGACCGAUUUUAGUCCAGGAACGCAUUGAGAUUCCAUCUCCGCCUUCUGAUGUUCGAGCUACAAGAAACACAAAACAUUCAGUUGUUGUGCAUUGGGUAGCAUCAAAGAGUGCCAGUGAACUGAUUGGUUACUAUGUCGAUUCUUGCUUGGUGGGAACUGAUGACUGGCAGCCAUGCAAUCAUAAGCCUGUAAAAUACACAAGAUUUGUUGUCCAUGGUCUAAAGAAUGGACAUAAGUACAGCUUCCGUGUGAAGACAGUCAAUGCUUUGGGAGUAAGUGAGGUUUCGCAAGAAUCAAAGCCCAUUAUUGUCCAAGCAGCUCUUAGAGGAGGUAUUCCUCAUGCUGCCCCAUCAUCGCCUUAUGGGAUAACUCUCCUAGACUGCACAAAUAACUCCAUGACACUGGGCUGGAAGAUACCACGGUUUACUGGUGGCUCAGAUGUCACUGGAUACUACAUGGAUCAUCGUGAAGUCACUGACCUACACUGGCAUGAAAGCAACAUCAAACCAAUCACUGGAAGAGUUUACAAGAUUGAAAAUCUGAAAGAAGGCUCUUUCUAUGAGUUUAAAGUCAGUGCUGUGAACCUGGGUGGUAUCGGCAUCCCUUCAGACUCCAGUCGGCCUUUCAGAUGUGAAGCAUGGACUAUGCCAGAACCAGGCCCCACUUAUGACUUGACAUUCUGUGAAAUAAGAAACAAUUCUCUGGUGAUCCAAUGGAAGGCGCCAAUUUUCACCGGCAGUAGUCCUAUCACUGGCUACACCGUGGAUAUCUGUGAAGCAAGUUCUGAGGAAUGGAAAACCGUGACGGAGAAAGCGGUAUCCACUCGGUACUUGAAGGUUACCAAGUUAGAGGAAGGACAGAGCUACAUUUUUAGAGUCCAUGCAGUGAAUGCAGCUGGUCAGGGCAAGCCUUCUGAGCCUUCUGAACCAGUUCUCAUUCAAGCUAGACCAGGAACCAAGGAAAUCGCUGCUGGUGUCGAUGCAGAAGGAAAUAUUUAUUUGAACUUUGAGUGCCAUGAAAUGACAGAUGCCUCCCAAUUUGCCUGGGGCAAGGCCUAUGAAGAGAUAACUGACUUCUCGAAAGUCCACAUUGAAACAGAGGGUGAAAAGUCCAAAUUGGUCUUUAAGCAUCCUGACAUGUCUGAUUUGGGAACAUACUCUGUGGCAGUAUCAGACACUGAUGGCAUCUCUUCCAGCUAUGUUUUAGAAAAGGAAGAAUUGGAACGUUUAAUGACUUUAAGCCAUGAGAUCAAACAUCCAACAAUCCCAUUGAAAAAUGAAUUAUCCUAUGAGGUUUUUGAAAAAGGCCAAGUUCGUUUUUGGCUUCAGACUGAGGCUGUGUCACCCAACGCUACUUGCAAGUUCAUUGUCAAUGACAUGGAGCUGACAGACAGCAAGGAGCACAAGAUUACAUUUGAUAAGUCUACUGGUGUGAUUGAGAUGGUUCUGGAGCAGUUCACAAGUAAGAGUGAAGGAACUUACACUAUCCAAAUAGAGGAUGGCAAGGCCAAAAACCAGUCAUCUGUGGUUUUGAUUGGGGAUGCAUUUAAGGCAGCCCUGGCAGAAGCUGAGUUCCAGAGAAAAGAAUUCCUGAGAAAACAAGGGCCUCACUUUGCAGAGUACAUGCACUGGCACGUGACAGAGGAUUGUGAAGUUGAGCUGAUGUGCAAGGUGGCAAAUACAAGGAAGGAAACUGUGUUCGGUUGGUACAAAGAUUUUGUAGUGGUUGUCCCCGAGGAACCACCUAACCCCCAGACUGGAGACAGCAAGCUGUGUAUUCCUGAGUUCUCCAAAAAGGAUAUGGGCGAGUACAAGAUGACACUAAAAGAUGACAAAGGGCAGGAUAUCACUGUACUAGAGGUGGUUGGCAAAGUGUAUGAAGAAAUUGUCCAGGAAAUGAGCAAAAUCAGUGGGAUGUCUGCUUCUGAGCUGAAGAUAAAAUGCACCCCAGAAGGAAUCAGACUUCAGUCCUUCUUGAAGUACUACAUGGAAGAUAUGAAGGUUUUCUGGUAUCACAAGGAGUCAAAGAUUGCAUCAUCUGAAAAGAUGAGAAUUGGAGCAAGCAACAACCAGGUUUGGCUGCAGAUCUGUGAGCCGACUGACCAAGACAAGGGCAAAUACACAAUGGAGAUAUUUGAUGGCAAAACCUCUUAUAAACGGCAUCUUGACCUUUCUGGAGAGGUUUACGCUGAGGCAUACACUGAAUUCCAGAGGCUGAAAGCUGCAGCGUUUGCAGAGAAGAAUCGUGGCAAAGUAUUAGGAGGAUUGCCGGAUGUGGUAACUAUCAUGGAAGGCAAGACACUGAGCCUCACUUCCACUGUGUUCGGGGAUCCGACUCCUGAGGUGACCUGGCUGAAGAAUGACAAAGAUCUCGAGUUGAAUGAUCACCACAUUGCAACUCUUGAGCAGGGAAAAUAUGCUUGCCUGACCAUUAAAGGCGUUACCACAGAGGAUUCAGGAAAAUACAGCAUUAACGUCAGGAACAAGUAUGGCGGCGAGACAAUUGAUGUCACUGUUAUUGUUACAAGAAAACUUGCCAAAUUUUGCAUUACUGUGCAUAAGAUUGAUGCAGCUGCUGAUUUGGAAAUGCUAAAGGCCACAGACAGUAAAAUAGGGCAAACAAAAGACUUAAGUUAGGAGUGUUUCUUCAAUAUUUAACAUGCUGACAAAGCAUGCUGAGGGAAUGGAUGAAGAGAAAACAAAUCAGAAGAGAACCUUUGAGCAAUAGCCCACUUUCCUUUUGAUGGCUGCUAUAUAGAGAUUAGUAAAACAUAUAUUUGUGAUGAUGAAGAUAAUGACAUUUGGUUUUUGGCAUAGCAAGUUUUAGUUAAAGAAGUUAUUUCAGCCAUUGCAUUGACCUAAAGAGUAAUUAUAAUGUUCACUAUCAAAUUACAUUACAAGUUCACGUUAAAAGUGAUAUACUUGUGUUUAAUAAGAAAUCUAAGAAAACACCUGAGAUUCUAAAAUUAUCUGUUCAACGUCAUUUUGCAGAUUACUAAUCCGCUUAAUGUCAUGACAGAAUUGAAAGCAAGAAUACAAUGCUGCAUUUAAUGCUGAGAUUUUGGAGUGAUAUAUGAAUGGACUGGUUUCAGAAAAGCAUGAAAGAGACUGGAUGAAAGUGUUUUAAAAUGCACAAUAAGGACAAUGCACUCCUCUGCACAUCCACUCCCUUAAGAUACAAAAUAAAGAAAAAAAUUGCAGGCAUUUCAAAUCUGAAAUAAAAACCAGAAAAUGCUGGAAAUACACAGCAGGAUCAACUAGUGUAUGUAAAGAGAUAAAUAUUUCAAACGUAAGCCUGAAAUGUUAACCUGCCUUCAUUUGUCCCAGAUGCUGAUGGAAAUUUUCCAGGUUUUUUCUGUUUUUGUGUCAGAAUUAAUAGGUUGGAAAAGUAAUAGGACAUUUCAUGACUUUCUGGAUUUGUGGUAUUAAAGGGGUUAAUUAAUAAAUCAGUAAUCCCCAUAGUUUUCCAUCUGCCAGCUUUAGAGAAAGGAAAUCCUGAGGGGCCUGCAUGCAAAUUCCUGACAGAUGCUUCCAGCAGGUGAAGUUCAUUGCCAGGAAUAUAAAGUUAUCUCUUCAAGAGCCAUUGACAUUGGGCAACUGACAUCAAACAAACACAAUCUUUGAGCUCCGAUAUUAUAAAAAUCCAGUUUACAGUAAUGCCAUUUUUUAGAAACAAAAGAGAAAUAAUGAGAUAAUGUAUUGGUUUCUAUUAAUGAUUACUGAAUCUCACUAUUUAAAAGGGAAUGUUUGGUAUAUACUUGCUUUAAACUUGGUGUGAGGAUUGAGAGACUCCAUUGAACAGUGAUAAAGAAUUUAGAUGGACAGAAUUUACCCAGAAGCAAAGGCAGUUCUGCCUGUGUGAAGAUGAGGAAAACUGUGGUGCAUUGAACCUUUCCACUUCGUAGCAGAGGUUCAGAGUCAACACACAUUGAUAAGAAGGGCCUUUGUUACCUGCUCAAAUAAAUGUAAGAAAACUCUCCAUGAUUCAGAAAUAAUUGGAUUUAAAUGGGCAGUAUUACUGUUAUGUUCUACUGUAGGGUCACUUUGCUUGCGAACCAGUUGCAUGUUUAUCUGUCGCUGAGUGAGUUGAUAACCAUACACUGCAGAUGCAGAGACCAAUAUGAAGUGAAGCACAUGCUAUUUAUUUGCACAGACAAUAGAGCACUAACAUGAUAUGUGCUUCUACAGCCAGACCCUACUCUAGACUAACAUUAACAUGAUAGCCCACACUACUCAGCUAUUGGGGUGUACAGUCACAUGGUCAAUCUGCUCACAUGCUCUUAAAGCUGUAUUGCACCUCAGGAUACCACAAUUACCCAGAGAUGUCACAUGGAUAAAUGAGUUUUUGACAAAGUCACAUUAAGUUCAGUGAGGGUGGGUGCAGAAGUUAUAGUGGAGGUGGUUUUCUGAGGUUGGGCUGAUAUGCACUUUGAGUGUUAGUUUCAUCACGUCUUUGAUAUGCUAACAUUGUCAAAAGUGAAAAAUUGUUUCAUUGGCCAACAUCUGCUAAUAUGAUCCCAAAUUUAAAAAAUUGCCUUUCAUGCAGUUAUAACUUUUGGUUUUGAUACAUCCCAGCUGCAGAACAAGAAAUGCCAUCAAUGUUUUUCUGACAAUGUAACAUUACCUUUAGAAAAGCCCCUACUGCAAUUUUGCUGACACCAUCGAUUUUUAUGGAUUUUCUUAUCACGUUGGCCAAUUUAGUGUCAAAAUUGGUACCGAAUAACAAGUAGGCUUGUACAAGGGACCUAAGCUAUAUAGGAACUGCAUUGAAGCUGGCUAGAUUCACUUAUACUUUCAGAAGAGAUUGCUUUCUGCUCCUGCAUAGUGUGGGUGUGAUCGUAAGUCCUCAUUUAAAACAACAAUAUGUUGAUUCACUGCGACAUCCAACCUUCACAAGGUUGAAAGAUUUGGGAAUUAAACAGACCCAGAGCUUUGUGUUUCAACACAGGCUGAAACAUCAGAAUAAACUCUGAGGUAAAGAGCUGUUCCAAACACAGAUUGUACCUUAAUUGAUGCACCAGGUCACCUGCUUGAAAGAAAAAUGCACAUUGUGCAGUGUCUGGAGUUGAGCAGGGCUUUACGUUGAAGGAAUAGAAAAGGAUGUGAGACUUACCUUUGGCGGGGGGAGCCAGAGAUUUAAGCAAAUGUCGGGAGAACUCGGGGUGGAAAUAUUUUCCUAGUUGCACCCAUUCUGUGAGCUUACAACAAAGAGGCCCAAUUUCAGAGACCAACGUAUUGUGCCAAAGGGAGAGCUGAAAACUGACCAAAAUCAGGUUGGUUAAUUUUCAGGGGUCCCUGGUGGCUGACUAAACAGGCUUUAGGCUCUUUACAUAAAUGCUUUUUAUAUAAAUGCCUAAUGCUUCUUUUAGGACGCCUCUUCCAAAUGAGACAAGGAGCAGAGCAGUCACCGGGCCUGCUUUCCUGAGGGUUCUUCAUGGCUGCAACCAAAAGAUCAGCUUUUAUUUAACUUAACACUUCCUUAGAGAGCCAGGAGCUGUACUCACAAUCACCCCCACUUGUUGAUGCUCCACUCCACCCCUUCCUUCUGCGAGUUUUAACUUCAGACUGCUGCCAGCUAGGCAAGCAACCUAGUGUUAAGCUGUGUAAAACAGAUGAGCUGCUUGUACAGACACAGUACCCACUCGCUUUUGAGCCAAAUGUUAUAAGUGAGACCCCUGGGAUGGUCUCGGUCCCCCUGUUGGGGUAAACACUCUCAGGCCAAAAUCAAUUACUGGGCCUCAGAUUCUUCAUCCGUGAAAAGCACUGUAUGAUAGCCAGGAAUUAUACAGGUGUGGAAGAUACUGCAUGGAUAGGAAACUGGUAAGCUGAAGACCUGGAAGUUAAACUUUAGGGAUAAUGGAGCAGUUGGCAAAAAGACAAAUCAGUAAUGUCAGGAAACAUUUCUUCUUACAAAAAUUAAUGCCUGAAAUGGACUUCCAUGGAAGAAUAAACUAGAGAGCUGAAUGAUAACUCUCAUUUUUACUUAGUUUUGCUAUCUUUGUGAACUCAGAAUACUUGCAAUCCACAUUUAAGAUAGAAGAUGGAGGCUGAAUACCUUCUGAUUUGGGUGAAUGAUUGCAAACCUAUUUUAGGAAAAGGUUAUAUCUGAUUAUGUUAAAGUGCACAGGUUUCACAGCUUCAUUAUCUACUUUCAUUUUCAUCUUUAAUUCAAUGCAAUGGCUCCAGUUUAUAUAUUCUAUAAUGAAACAGUGAACAGAAUCUAACAGCAAAAGCAGCCGAUGCAUUAUACACACACCAAGAGUAUGCCGUGAGUGUAUUGUGUGAAUAUUGAGAAUGGCAGGUAAUUGAUGCAAAGACAUGGUUUUUUUAAACAUUUUGUUGAAAAGUGGAAAAUGCAUUAUGAUUAGUCAUCAACUAGGGCAACUAGGCCAGGUUAGACUUUUGGUUGUUAAAAUUCAGUUUUGUUUAAAUCAAUAUUUUACUCUCCUUUUAAAUCACAUUUCCAACAUGCAGGGAGCGCAAUUUAUUCAAAAGCUAAUCCCUUACAAAAUAAAGGAAAGAAUAAAUAACA